CCCUUCCUUUUACUAACGGCAGUCGUCGAUCCUCAGAUUGCGGUUUGCUUCGCCUGUUGCUUAGUUUUACCGUCUCCGAAACCCGGCGGAAUCUUUGAAACCCUAGGAUCGAUGGGGCAGGGAACCCCCGGUGGGAUGGGGAAGCAAGGACACCCUGGCGAUCGUAAGCACGAUGGUGAUAAGAAGGACAAGAAGUUCGAGCCGGCGGCACCGCCAUCUCGUGUCGGCCGCAAGCAGCGCAAGCAGAAAGGUCCCGAUGCCGCUGCACGAAUUCCCACCGUCACCCCCCUCUCGAAGUGCCGCCUCCGCCUUCUUAAGCUCGAUCGCAUCAAGGACUAUCUCCUCAUGGAGGAGGAGUUCGUCGCUAACCAGGAGCGCCUCCGCCCCCAGGAGGAGAAGAACGAGGAGGACCGAUCCAAGGUAGACGACCUCCGGGGUUCGCCCAUGAGCGUGGGGAAUCUUGAGGAGCUUAUUGAUGAAAACCAUGCCAUCGUCUCCUCGUCCGUCGGGCCGGAGUACUACGUCAGCAUCCUUUCCUUUGUCGAUAAGGACCAGCUGGAACCUGGUUGUGCCAUCCUCAUGCACAAUAAGGUCCUAUCGGUUGUUGGCCUUCUUCAGGAUGAAGUUGAUCCUAUGGUUUCUGUUAUGAAAGUUGAGAAAGCACCUUUGGAAUCAUAUGCUGAUAUAGGUGGCUUAGAUUCUCAAAUUCAAGAAAUUAAAGAAGCUGUUGAACUUCCUUUGACUCAUCCAGAGCUGUACGAAGAUAUUGGCAUUAGGCCCCCUAAGGGUGUCAUAUUAUAUGGGGAGCCUGGAACUGGAAAAACUUUGCUUGCCAAGGCUGUAGCUAACUCAACAUCAGCCACUUUCUUGCGAGUUGUUGGCAGUGAGUUGAUUCAAAAGUAUUUGGGUGAUGGCCCAAAACUUGUUCGAGAAUUAUUUAGAGUAGCAGAUGAACUUUCUCCUUCAAUAGUGUUUAUUGAUGAGAUAGAUGCAGUUGGAACCAAAAGAUAUGAUGCUCAUUCUGGUGGUGAGCGCGAAAUACAGAGGACUAUGUUGGAGUUGCUGAACCAGUUAGAUGGUUUUGACUCAAGGGGUGAUGUUAAGGUUAUUCUUGCAACUAACAGAAUUGAAAGUCUGGAUCCAGCCUUGCUCCGUCCAGGUCGGAUAGAUAGGAAGAUUGAAUUCCCUCUGCCAGAUAUUAAAACAAGGCGGCGAAUUUUUCAAAUACAUACUACUAGAAUGACACUGGCAGAUGAUGUCAACCUGGAGGAAUUUGUCAUGACAAAGGAUGAAUUUUCUGGAGCUGAUAUCAAAGCAAUCUGUACUGAAGCUGGUUUGCAUGCUUUGAGAGAGCGUAGAAUGAAGGUUACUCAUGCAGACUUCAAGAAGGCCAAAGAUAAAGUAAUGUUUAAAAAGAAGGAAGGAGUACCAGAGGGACUCUACAUGUGACAAACUGAUCCUCUUGGACUGGAAGCACUUCGGCUGCAGGUAGGAUAUCCCCCACGCGUGGAGCAAUGCUGUUUACAAGGGCACCGUCCAAUGCCUUACCAAAUGUAUUUCAAAUCCUCUGAAUUUUUAUUUUUAUUUUGUAAUUUGUAUUUCGAUGAAUGAACGUAUUUAUGUACUUAAAACUUUAUGUAUUUGCAUAAACUUGACAAGGAAACUUCAAAAGGACCCGAGGAAAA